UUAUCUUUCUCAUAAAUUCUCACUACUCAUAAUCGGUAAAUAUGGGAAUUUUGGGUAAUUUUUUUCCUUACCUUCUUCAAUUUUACUCCUGGAAAAGUUCUUGAAAUUUCCUUGCAUUCCUGAUUAAUCCGAUUCAGGCAGCCAUUUUUGUUUUGGAGUUUACUUUUCUCGCUUUUCUCUUUUCUUGUUGUCUUGUUUGGCUGUAAAUGAAUGGAGAGGCAUCGUUUGUGUACACAAUGUUUAAAGAAUAUUGACGUUUAGUGACUGGGCAAGAGCGGUAUUAGUGAAAACAACUGACGAUUGUUUCGAGAGCAUGAAGCGUGCCACGACAGAGGAAAACGGAGACGCAAAAAGAACAUACAUAAUGAAGCAGGAAGGCAUGCCUUACGGAUACGACACCUACGUUAGUUAUGCCUCGACAACUUCCACUCCAACCACAGUAAAUCAGCCUCUUCCAGGACAACCGCCCCUGCCUCCAAUGCCACCACCUCCUGGGUCAGUUCCACCACCUCCUCAUGUUUUCGUCCCUUCCCAGGUGACUCCAAUUCAAGCCUGGCCUCACGCAUCUCCUCAUUGGCAAUGGUUAACGCCGCAAGCCGCUGCUAUACCUUCCCAACCCGCCACCAACUUCCAAAGAGACUUAUCCCUUCGUGGCAAUUUCGUCCGAAGAGAAAGAUUCAACAACAACAACAACAAUAGAAAUAAUGUCUACAACCAAAGAAAUAACUUCCAUAGAAAUAAAAACAACAGGAGAACUCCACAGGGCCAGUUUGAUCCAAAUUAUUUUGGAUCUGCUCUGCAAGGUAAUAUCGCCCUGGAUUGGCAGAGGAACAAUUUCGCGGCAACGGGGAGCGAUGGAAUUAUGGGACAUAUCCCGGUUAACAUUCCUAAUCAGAUGAAUCACUUGAAUUCGACGAUGGCGAGUCGCAGGACGGAUGAUGAUUCUGAUAUUAAAGUCAUCUCGGAAGACGUGAUGGUGAAGAAGAAUAAGCAACGGAAACCAAUGUCGCAAAGUUAUCCCAGUCGUCCCUGGAAUCGCGAAGACGCGGAACGAGCUUUAACAAUCGAAAGCGAGUACAACAAAACAGUCAAGGCCCAAAGUUUAAUAAUAAAAUUCCCAGAUCCCGAUCUAAACAAAGACAUAGUUCGGGAAUUCCACGCCGGCAUUCAAAAUAUCCACUUUCAGAGUCCAAGUGGUCCGCGGUAUUGUUUCAUUCAAAUGGCGGACAACGUCAACAUCGACGAGGCGAUCAAAGAUUUGGAGAAAGUGGCGUUUGGGGUCGGUCAUCUAAAAGUCGAAAGAAAAUCCCUCCGAGAUGACGAUAAUCCCAUGCCCGAGGAAAUCGAUCCUUACACUCUUUAUAUUGGCAAUUUGCCGGAAUCGGUUAAUGUCAACGAAGUGAAGAGUAAAUUUCCCACGGCUGCGAGAGUCGAUGUGGGCUAUGCGCAAAAAAUGAGGAACACGAGAUACGCUUUUAUUCGCUACAAUAGUGUCGACGAGUCGAUAACGGCUUAUAAACAAGCGCACGAUUUAAUGUGGGACACGAGGAGCAUAAUUGUGAGAUUUCGAAGACAGAGAGGAAACACUUGUCUGCCAGGGGAGCAGAAGAAUGUGAAGAAGGUGAAAGAGGAAGCCGUGAAAUUGGACGAGAGCUUGGCGAAGGAGACGACACGAGAUAAGCAAGAGGCUAAUAGUCAUUUACAAAGUGAGGCUGAGAAUGAGAGGGAUCCUAGGUUAAAAAAAACUGUGUCGAUAGUCUCGAGUCCACCUUCCUCGGAUCCAAGUUUAAUAUCGCCGGAAAAAAAUGCUCAAAAUGGGAUACCCGAGUCGGAUGCGAUAAUAGCGACAACAAUUGCUUCGGCAAAUUCUGCAGAAAAGGACGAUCUCUUACUUACGGAAAUUAAAGAAGAGCCUCAGGAUUAUGAAGAAUUAAAUAUGCAAAUAGAUGACGACGACGAUGAUGACGAUGACGAUGACGAAGAAGAGGACAUCGAGGAAGAGCACGAAGAAGAGGAAGAACUAGAAGAUGAGGAUGACGAUGAUGAAGAGAUUGACGAGACUGUAGCGAGCAAAAGGAUAGAAGAAACUGAUGUUGCAUCGGAUCACCUGGACAGGAUGUUCAGUGAUCUCGAGAACAUUGCAGGAGAUAUUUCUUUAUGAAUUCCAUGGGUGGAAAUCUGAUUUUAAAAGACUUCUCAUUAGUUAUAAGCUGUAAAUAUUAUUUUGUAAGAAUGUACAAUUUUUAGCAUUUUAGCCAAAGUUCUCUAUUUUAAUUGUGAACUCGUCGAUCAGUGUAUCUAUAUUUUUGAGCAUGAUAUCUGUGCUGUCUCAACAUUUCUAUGUGUUCAAUUUUACCUGAGCAGUUUUGCGUUUUUGCAAUUAUUCUACAAUUCUGUAUAUCAUUACAGAUUAUUAAUUGAAGGGUCAGUUUAUUUUGAGUAGCUUUUCUGGCCCAGAAUGCAAUUUCUUUAAUAU